AUGCCAAAGUCUUUUGUCCCACUCACUCUUCAAAAAUGGUAUUUAAUGCUCUGGGAGUCGGACUUUGGGACGUACCAACACGAAGUAAUGGGGCUUUCAUAUGAAGAAAUGAAGCAUGAAAUAGACAUGUGGGUAGAAUAUAGUAAGCAACACUCUCCUCCCUUUUUUGAAGGGAUAAUUGACUUCCUAAGUUCAUAUAAAAAAUUGGGAGGAAUUAUUGCAGUAUGUUCACACUCUCGUGCAGUAGUUAUCGAAGGGCAUUAUCAAAUGGUUGGGAUGAAACCAGACAUUAUAUAUGGAAGUGUUCACGGACACCCCGAACUCUGUAAACCAAAUACUUUUCCCAUUGAUGACUUAAAAAUAAAAUACAAUUUAGUAUCAUCCGAUAUCUUAGUAAUCGAUGAUUUAUCUCCUGGAUUUGUGAUGGCAAAGAAGUCUGGAGUCGAUGCAGUGGGUGUCUUAUAUGGAAACGGUCACGAACUAAUCGAACAUUACAUCAAAGAGAAUACGCUGAAAACUUUUGAAACAGUCAAAGAACUCGAAGACUUCGUUAUUCAACAAAUCGAGGAAUAA